CUGCGUGGACACAACUUCCGGUAGGGCUAAGCAGUAUCCUGAGCACAUGAACUUGGCGCUAAGGCGCCGCUCCGGACCCGGGAGAACGAAACUGUGGUGGUAGCGGAGGGAACCUGGCUGCCCGCGACCAUGUGGAGGCUGCUGUCUCGCGCCAGUGCGCCGCUCCUGCGGGUGUCCGUGUCAGAUCCUAGGGCAGCCCUGCCCGCCAGUGCUGGCCUAAAGACUCUGCUUCCGGUGCCAUCCUUUGAAGAUAUUUCCAUCCCUGAAAAGUCCAAGCUUAAAUUUGUUGAAAGGGUACCACUUGUGCCAAAAGUAAGAAGAGAACCUAAAAAUUUGAGUGACAUACGGGGACCUUCAACUGAAGCUACUGAGUUCACAGAAGGCAAUUUUGCAAUUUUGGCAUUGGGAGGUGGUUAUCUCCAUUGGGGCCAUUUUGAAAUGAUGCGCCUGACAAUCAACCGCUCUAUGGACCCCAAGAAUAUGUUUGCCAUAUGGCGAGUACCAGCCCCUUUCAAGCCCAUUACCCGCAAAGGAAUUGGACAGCGCAUGGGGGGAGGCAAAGGUGCCAUUGAUCAUUAUGUGACACCCGUGAAGGCUGGCCGCCUCAUAGUCGAGAUGGGUGGGCGAUGUGAAUUCAGAGAGGUACAGCAUUUCCUGAACCAGGCUGCCCACAAGUUGCCCUUCCCAGCAAAGUCUGUGAGUCGUGAGACCCUAGAGAAGAUGAGGAAAGAUCAAGAAGAAAGAGAACGUAACAACCAAAACCCCUGGACCUUUGAGCGUAUAGCCACUGCCAACAUGCUUGGGAUUCGGAAAGUACUGAGCCCAUAUGACUUGACCCAGAAGGGGCGAUACUGGGGCAAAUUCUACAUGCCCGAACGGGUGUAGUGAGAGCACAAGGAAUGUAUGCACGUGAGCUGCUGAGAGGGGGAUCUGCACUUUUCUUCUCUACAGCCUGACCAUUAAAGACUCCGGGUAUGUCUUAGGUUAUAUCUAAGAAGCAGUGUGUUAUCUGUUUUUUUAAAUUAGAGUGUAACCUGAGGGUAUAACUUCUCAUUGGUCACCUUUAAUCCCUUAAGAAAUUAAGAAUGAUUAUUAAAAACAAAGUUCUUGGUUCUCGUGGAUUGUGAAAUAAAUGUCUUCAGGAAUGAAA